AAUAUAAUUUAAAUAUCUACAAUAUAAAUGUCUAUAUGAAUGUUUUUAAUAUUUGGGAUAACAACAUGCCCAAAUGCAUUUAUAAUAGUACUUACAAGGGAAGGAUCGGAACUGUCCGUCACCGAUUUUAAUAAGCUUUUAUGUUGUAGAACAUUGUAAAAUAUUAGACCCAUAUUUUCUGUUAGCUGUGUAUUUCAACAUUUAGGUUGAAUCGGCCCUUUAAAGCAGUUCUGACCCUUGUUAGAUACUUCGUAACAUUAUUUAGAUCAACAAAAGUUAGAUCAAGAACAUUUCAUUAUGCAGUAGUCAUUGUGUACACAAUAUGUUAAAAUCAUAAUGACAAUUAAUAUAAUUAGAUCGUAAUAAUAUUUAAAUAUUCUACAACUUCUAAUAAAUAACCCCAAAUAUCGUAUUCUAAAUUUUCCAAUUUAAGUAAAACUGUUCUUUUUCCUUCUACAUACAAAAACAGACGAAAUGAUGUCCCUAAAAUUGUAUAAAACUAUUAACUAUUUUUAUUUUUGUAUCAUGCUUCCAUUCGCUUUAUUAUAGUUUCUACAAUUUUGUCUGUUUGAAUUAUAAAAACUAAUUCUCAUUCCACCAAAUCGAUAUUUUUCAUUUGCAUAAGUGUUAGCAUAUGAUUAAUGAAUAAACAGUGGUAGUCACUAUCGUCUCGAUCACGUUAGCAGGAAUGUAAGUUUUUUCAUUUUGCAUUGUCUUCACUAUCGAGGAACGCUCUGACACCAGAUAAGUCACUAGUUUAAGUCAAAGUGGCCAUGAAGAAUAUCCAAACGGCUAUAUCCCCGCUCUUAAUCUUAUUGUGUUUAUGUGGUUUCGGGGUGUUUGAAUAUCCUCGCGGACGGUCGCGAUUUUAUCCUACUAUCUUCUACAUUCUAAUAGUAUGGUUGCUUUAUACUUACAUCAUCAUUGAAGUAACGACAUUCCUUAGAAGAUUUAACUUAGAGUUGUUUGUAAUUAUUAAAACUAGUAUUACUUUUGCAAUAUUGACGAUAUUGCUUAGCUUGCAUUAUAAUAAGGUAUGGAAUUUGUCGUAUGAUGUGAGUAUUAAGAAAUAAUUCUUAUACUAAUUUUUUGAUAAUAAUUCUCAAAACUCAUUUCUGCGUCUUAAAAUAUUCUUGAACGUCUUUCUUACUUUGAAUACCUGAAUACUUAAUAUGUGUACAAUACCGGAUUGAUAUCUAAUAUGGCCACUAUUUCCUCCUUCCGUCUUACACAAACUACGAUUGUAUUCUCAAAAUGUUAUUUUCAUAUCACACCUCUUUUAGAGAUUUAAAUGUUGUCUGAACAAACUAAAUAUUGUAAACGACACGUUGGAGAAGUUUGGGACGAUAAAGAAUUAUGCAAAAUUACGCAGACAAAUUACAUGGUUGAUCAUUGGAUGGAUUGCCGUGAUCGUUUUACUGAAUAUGAUUGACAGUAUAUGGUUUUUUGGAAAACUCCCUCAUUCUUAUGCUGCGAUGGCCAUAUGCAUACCCUUCCUUACAAAUCAAACACUUCAUGUAAAUUCACUUUGCGAUAUAUUUCUUCUGAUACUACUAAGAUAUAUAGGAUCUCAAUUCGAUCAGAUCAAUCAAUGUAUUGCGAAGUUAACGGAGCAGGAUACGCAGCAAGUAAAGCAUACUUGGGUUAUUUCCGCAUUACCUGUGGAUUGCCGACACAUAAUUGGCAUCAAAAGUAAUCGUCAUCCUCCCAAAGUAAUCGUCUUGAUCUUAAUGCAUGUUCAUCUUGAAUUGUGUGUGAUAACACGAGAAUUAACAAAAAUAUUUGGAUGGCAUAUGGUGAUGCAGGCACUCGCAUUUAAUGUUAUUACGGCACAGCUUAUCAAAGAUGCUUAUAACGCAAUUAUUUACAGUAAUUCUAAGUAUGAAAUGGCAAUCGAUCUUUUUGUUAAUUAUAUCUGGAUUAUAACAAGUAUCAUAAAAAUGAUCUUUUGUAAUUGUGUAUGCGAAAACGUUUGCAGCAAGGCAGGAGAAACAGAAUUAUUUCUCAAUAAAUUGACACAUCAUAAUUUGGAUAUUGAGACACAGGAUUACAUUAUACAAUUUCUGUAUAAAUUAUUACAACGACCAUUAAAGAUCUCAGGACUUGGGCUUCAGUUUGGACAUAACUUUCUGCUACAGUGUGUGAAUUACAUUGGGACGGUUAUAAUAAUUACAAUACAAUCACCUUCAUAAGAGGCAGAAGAAGACCUUGCAAAUAAGUGAAGUGCUGUAAAUUUUGAGAUAGCAAUAAAAGAAGAUUUGCGAAUCAGUACGCACGUUAGCGCGGUUCGUGCAGCGAGGUCGUCGGUAGGAGGGCCGCGCGCGCGUGGUUGAUUACGGCGCAGUGAGGCAGGGAGGCCAGAAAGAGUGCUUUAUAGCAUACGGUGGGAAUAUGGUCUCGCGAACCGUCGCAAACUUUCUGACAUCACUGAGGCGCACCACACUCUCUCCAUUCAAUAAUACAAUCACAUGUAAAUAAAUAAACGUGUAUCUUGUUCUUAAAAAAGUUGUAAUUAAUGUAAUAUUAAAAAAAAACUUUUAAUUAGUUGGAGUAUAAAAUGUUUGGCAUGUAUACAUUUCCUGUCUUUAUAAAUAUAUCUUUGGUAUUUAUGUGUCUUUGAAAAAUUAAUA